AAUCUCUAUGGGUGGUUGGGGUGGUCGGCUAUGUGGAAUUGGCUUCUUUCUCCAAAAAUAAAAAUUUUUUUCUGCCAGCUUUGCAACGGCUGUGUACCAACCCGGUUGAAUCUACAGGCACGAAGGGUUGAUUGUUCUGGGUUUUGUGGGCUGUGUGGGAAGGCCGAGGAAUCUACACUCCAUCUAUUCAUCCUUUGUGAUGCGGCUAAGGAAGCUUGGGAAAUAGCGAAUUGGACUUGGAUUAAUCCUGGAGCUAGAGAAUUCUUGGAGCAGCUGGAGUUGGAAUUUAACUCAGAGGAACGAAGAAUUGGAAAAGUUAAUUUGGGGAUGUUGGGCUAUUUGGUGUGAGCGGAAUCAGUGUGUUUGGCAAGGGACUUACCAAUCGGCAGUUCAGUUUGUGGGGAAGGCAUCAACAACAGUUAAGGGAUGGAUUCAAGCUCAGGCAAACCGGGUGGAAGGAAACUGUAGGCAGCAACAGGUGGCAGCCUCGUGGAGUCAUCCAAUUUCGGGGCGAACUAAAUUGAGCAUGGAUGCUGCUGUUCGGGAUUCCGGUAGUGGGCUGGGGUGGUGCUUGCGGGAUGAAAGGGGGCAGCUUCGUGAAUGGUGUGGCAUGUCCGACAGUCCGAGGGAAGGAAAAUUUUCUCCUUUGGCAGCAGAAUUAAUGGGUACUAGUAAUUCCACCCGUGCUACGCACGGGAGUGAAGAUGUUUGGAUCAAACAUACAUAAACUCAAAGAAUUUCAUAAUAAAUCAACCUAACUCAAAACAUAAAAUUAAAAACUAAAACAAAUUAAUCAAAUUAAAGCAUAAAAUAAAAUAAAUAUUCAUAUUUAAUACGAAAUUAAAAAACAAUGCUCAAAGUUAAGUACAAAUCAUGAUGCGAUAUGUGUAGCAAUGAGUAUGGAUGUAUGCAUGAAGCAAGGGA